GGUACCUCCUGAGAGAGACAGACCGACUGACCUUCCGAUCUUCAACAGUUUCCCAACAAACACAUUUGUUUCUGAAGCUCCGACUUCCAUCAAAUUCACACCUUGAAUACCUCAAGGACUAAUACAAAACCUCACAAUGGCACCACCCGCAGCAGAGAGUGCGUCCCCAAUCGGGAUUGCCAAUCUACCCAACCAGCGUCAUAAGAUUGUCGCAAAGAGAGGAGCUGCCUUCACUAUUAUGGUAUGCUUCCGCAAACUCAAAAUCUCAUUCAACUAGAGCAUGGCAAAAGUGGUUAGCUAACAAGUAAUAGGUUGCUGGAGAAUCUGGAUUAGGAAAGACAACCUUCAUCAACACCCUCUUCUCCACCACAAUCAAGAACUACGCCGACCACAAGCGCAGACACGCGAAGCAGGUGGACAAAACUGUUGAGAUUGAGAUCACAAAGGCUGAGUUGGAGGAGAAGUUCUUCAAAGGUAUGCCAUAUGCAGAUGUCCUGCUCUCCGUGGUGGUACAGUAACUGAUUGUUUAUAGUCCGACUCACCGUUAUUGAUACACCUGGUUUUGGAGACUAUGUGAACAACCGCGAUUCUUGGAUGCCAAUCAUCGAGUUCCUGGAUGACCAGCACGAGUCUUAUAUGUUGCAAGAGCAGCAACCUCGCCGUGUUGACAAAAUCGACCUCCGUGUACACGCCUGCUUGUACUUCAUUAGGCCCACUGGACACACCCUGAAGCCAUUAGAUAUUGAAGUUAUGAAGCGAUUGAGCUCCAGAGUCAACCUUAUCCCAGUUGUCGCAAAGGCAGAUACCCUCAGCCCAGCUGAUCUGACCCGAUUCAAGCAAAGAGUAAGUGGACACCACAGCGGUGAGGUAGUACAACAACUCACACUUUUCUUUCUAGAUCCGAGCUGUGAUCGACGCACAGGGAAUCAAGAUUUACACACCACCAGUCGAGGAGGAUGAUGAGGCUGCUGCACAACACGCACGAAGUCUGAUGGGUGCUAUGCCAUUCGCUGUUAUCGGAUCUGAGAAGGAUGUCAAGACCAGUGAUGGACGAAUUGUUAAGGGUCGCCAAUACUCAUGGGGUGUUGCCGAAGUCGAGAACGAGGAUCACUGCGAUUUCAAGAAACUCCGCUCCAUUCUUAUCAGAACUCACAUGCUCGACCUCAUCCACACCACCGAGGAGGCACACUACGAGGCAUACCGUGCUCAACAGAUGGAGACCCGUAAAUUUGGUGAGGCCAGACCACGAAAACUUGAUAACCCCAAGUUCAAGGAAGAGGAAGAGAGUCUACGAAAGCGAUUCACCGAGCAGGUCAAGAUUGAGGAACACCGAUUCAGACAAUGGGAGCAGAAGCUCAUCAGCGAACGUGAUCGUCUUAACAAGGAUUUGGAGAGCACUCACGCCGCUAUCAAGUCCUUGGAGCAGGAACUUGAGGCAAUGCAAGGAAGUGCAGUACGCAGUCACGGUCGUCGUUAAGGAGAUUGAUUUUUUGUUGCGUUGGUUUGGGGAGUUGGAGCCAAAUAAUAUCCUUGAUGUUCUUUCUCUUUCCAGGACUACCUCCUUUAAAAGUAUCCAAGGGAUGAUUGAUCUGUGUUUUGCCGGUGCAAUACACUGUUUCCUUCUCCCUCUUUCUUCUUGUGCAAGGUGGAGUGCCACUGUUUUCCUACGAAAUGAUGGUGGUAGCAGAUGGCGUAGCUUAAUUUAUAGCAGCUAGCUAGCUCAGCGAAGCUCCUUGGUACUGGCCUUCAUUUGACCGCCGCCUUAGUCCUUUAGCCGUUGUGUAAUUCAUGCUUUUCGAUGAUGUCCUUC